AUGGUGCCGUCUUCUUCUUCUUCGUUGCUCUGCUGCCUUGUGCUAUUGACCAUUGGAUGUCAAUUUCACGCCGUUGAAUCAACAGUGGACACUAUCCGAGCUGUAAACUAUUACUCUGCCGAAGAUGAUGCUUCUUGGGCGAUUCAUACUCCCAAUGUGACGACUGUGAUUGGACAACACAAACAAAAGCUCUACCAUGAUUUCAUUGCCAAUUGCCACAAGGCAGUUGCCGAACACAAGGAAGAGGACCCUCAGUUGUGCUCUGAAAACGAAGAAUAUCGAAUGUACAUGAACAAAUAUCAGCCACCAAGCAUGCACAAUUAUACAAAGAAUGGUUUUGCCAAAAUUCGAGCGCCCAAGAAAAUGUUUGAUUUGAUAUCCAAAUUUUGGAAUGCCAACAAAGGAAAGGACAAAACCGAAUGGCCUCACCUUACAACCUAUCAUAAUUUGUGGGAUUCUCCGCCGACUGUGACUCUACUGAAUGAGGAUGUCAACGAAGGGGGUGGUCAAGAACUCAUGAAUGAGUUGUUUGCCGAAGCGAAGAAGGUCGUGGAAGAGUGGACUGGCCAAGAACUUCGACCAGUCUCACUCUAUGGAAUUCGAUUAUAUCACAAUGGAUCGAUUCUAGCACCUCAUGUGGACCGCAACCCCCUCAUCAGCUCUGCCAUUAUAAAUGUGGCCCAAGACGUGAAUGAGGAAUGGCCUCUGGAAGUGUAUGGACACGAUGGGGUUGCCACAAAUGUUACCAUGGCACCUGGAGACAUGGUCCUGUAUGAGAGCCAUUCCGUUAUCCAUGGAAGACCUUUCCCAUUGAAUGGUGACUUUUAUGCGAACAUUUUUGUUCAUUUUGAACCACUAGGCCCCAAGGACGAACCAUUGGAAACUUAUGACCCCGAUCUAGAUCUUCCACCGUAUCUCAUUCCCGGGAGUGGAUGGGUAACACAAUGGAGGAAGGAGCACACCAAGGGUUGGUAUGAGGAAACCUUUGACGUGGUAAAGGCAGCAAACGUAGGAGACUUGGUGGUCCUUGAGACAAUUGCUGAAAACUAUCCAAACGAUCUCGAGGACAAGGAUGACCUUGGGUGGGAAGCACUGCACCUGGCAGUGAAAGCGGGUCACUUGGAAGCUGUGGAAUUGUUAAUAGAUUAUGAGGUAGACAUUAACAGUGUGGUGAAUGACGGAGCUACGGCCUUGAGCAUUGCCAGACAAUUCCUGAAAGAAGGUCAUCCCAUUACCCAGUUCUUGAUGGACAAUGGUGCAAUUGAUCCAUUGGAAGAAGAUGAAUUAUGA